AACUAGGGUUAGCUAGAUAGAUUUCUCCUCGCACCAAUUAAAAAAAAAAAUCCCUAAUUUCUCCCUUUUUAUUUCCUGUCAAGAUCGCUAAAUCUUCUCUGGAUUUCCCUUCGAUCAUGGAGAUGGAACACGUGACCAUCUUUCCCAUAACACACCUGGAUCGACCUAGGAAAAGACCUCGUUUCGGCUGGGACGUGCCUCAGGCUCAGGUAGGAAAUUUUUGUGGACAAGAGGUUGGGAAUGUAGCAAGCUAUGCAUCUUCGGGAGCAAUCUCAGACCAUACUAGUUCUCUGUUUGUUAAAGGAGUGGCUCAAAAUGGUUCUCCCCCAUGGAGGGAAGAUGACAAGGAUGGCCAUUACAUGUUUGCGCUUGGAGAUAAUUUAACUUCUCGCUAUAAGAUACAUAACAAAAUGGGAGAAGGCACCUUUGGUCAGGUUUUGGAAUGCUGGGACAGAGAAAGAAAGGAAAUGGUUGCCAUCAAAAUUGUACGUGGCAUCAAGAAAUAUAAGGAGGCAGCCAUGAUAGAAAUUGAAGUGCUGCAACAGCUUGGUAAACAUGAUAAAGGUGGCAACCGUUGUGUGCAAAUACGGAACUGGUUUGACUAUCGUAACCAUAUCUGUAUUGUAUUUGAGAAGCUUGGACCAAGCUUAUACGAUUUUCUUCGCAAAAACAAUUAUCGCUCAUUUCCUAUUGAUCAUGUCCGUGAGAUUGGCAGACAACUGUUGGAAUGUGUAGCAUUUAUGCACGACCUUCAUAUGAUACAUACUGAUUUGAAGCCUGAGAACAUACUCCUAGUUUCUUCUGACUAUGUAAAAGUUCCUGAUUACAAGAACUCGACUCGCUCUCCAAAGGACAGUUCCUACUAUAAAAGAGUCCCAAAAUCAAGUGCCAUCAAGGUGAUUGAUUUUGGUAGCACUACCUAUGAGCGUCAAGAUCAGAAUUACAUUGUAUCAACACGACAUUACCGGGCACCAGAAGUUAUUCUUGGACUUGGAUGGAGUUAUCCUUGUGAUGUGUGGAGUGUUGGUUGCAUCUUAGUGGAGUUGUGCACAGGUGAGGCUUUAUUUCAAACACAUGAAAAUUUGGAGCAUCUUGCAAUGAUGGAACGUGUGCUUGGUCCUAUGCCACAGAAUAUGCUGAAGAGAGUGGAUCGACAUGCAGAGAAGUUUGUUAGAAGGGGUAGAUUGGACUGGCCAGAGGGAGCUGCUUCAAGAGAAAGUAUCAAAGCUGUUUUGAAGCUACCUCGACUCCAGAAUCUAGUAAUGCAACAUGUGGACCAUUCAGCUGGAGAUCUUAUACAUCUCUUGCAAGGAUUGCUCAGGUACGAUCCCAUGGACAGGUUAACAGCUCGAGAAGCUCUCAGACAUCCCUUCUUUGCAAAAGAUCAUCGUAGGAUUUGAGGAAUGGACUGGCUGUUGAUUGUCUGCUGAAAUUGUUGCUGUAAACAACGGGGGCAUAAGUCCCAGGAUAUUUGAAUGUGUUGUAGCAAGCUGCUAACCCAAUCCAAGAGUGUACAGUAUGGAAAUCUAUUGAGAAUGAUAAAUAGAAUGUUGAUUUGCAA